CUGUCAGCUUGUCUCUCGCUCGCAGUUGCCUCAUAUUGAAGUGGAAGGGAAGGUGUUGGAGUGCGUGGAGGCUGGCAAGAUAGGCUGCCGUGAGCUGCAGAGUGGAAAUUACACCAACACAUGAGGAAUGUUAAUUAAUAACGUGUCAAGCAUUCCGACUGGUGUAGAUUGACAAGAGUUCUGACAUAAAUCAGGAAGUAGCGGCUGCAGGAGGCUGGCAGCAAGAUGACGGGGCUAAGACAGAGGCUGCUGACGGAGGCGUGGGGGGGCACCUGGCACCGCAUGUGGCGCACAAAGAAGGUGGCAUCGGGAGUCAUGGAGACGCCUCUUAGCCGCUGUCUCUCCACCCUGGACAUUACCCUGCUUGGCAUCGGGCACAUGGUUGGGGCGGGAAUCUACGUGCUGACGGGAACUGUGGCCAAGGAUACAGCUGGUCCUGGCAUCGUACUGUCCUUCCUAUUGGCCGGGCUCGCCUCCUUCCUGUCAGCGCUGUGCUAUGCUGAGUUUGGCGCACGGGUUCCGAAGGCGGGGUCAGCGUAUGUGUACACCUAUGUGACCGUGGGGGAGUUCUGGGCCUUCGUGAUUGGCUGGAACAUUAUCCUGGAGCACAUGAUUGGCGCGGCGUCGGUGGCACGGGCUUGGUCAGGCUACGUGGAUUCUUUCUUCGAUAAAGCGCUCAGCAACUUCACGAUGUCAACCAUUGGACAGAUGCACGCGGGAUAUUUGGCAUCCUACCCAGACUUCCUUGCGUUCUUCGUCACACUGGUGUACUGCAGCUUCCUCACCCUGGGCGUCAAGGGAUCUGCGUACUUCAACUCCAUCUUCACGCUCAUCAACCUUUGCGUCAUGACCUUCGUGAUCGUAGUGGGCAUGUACUUCGCUGACUUCUCUAAUUGGACCAGUGGCGAAGGAUUCUUGCCAUUCGGAUUCUCUGGGAUCAUCUCCGGGGCAGCCACUUGUUUCUACGCCUUUGUUGGUUUCGACAGCAUUGCCACAGCGGGAGAGGAAGCCAAGGAACCCGCCAAAUCCAUCCCAAGGGCCACAUUGGUGUCCAUGAGUGUGGUAACUGCCGGCUACGUGCUAGUGGGCGCCACACUCACCCUCAUGGUCCCGUAUUACAGUCUCAACCCCGCUGCCGCCAUACCUGACGCCUUUGCAGCUCAUGGCGCCACGUGGGCCAAGUAUGUGGUGAGCAUCGGGGCGCUGUGCGGGAUGACCACCACACUUUUCGGCUCUCUGUUCAGCCUGCCGCGGUGCGUGUAUGCCAUGGCGGUGGACGGCCUCAUUUUCUCCUGGCUCGCCCGCGUCUCCGAUAAAACCAAGGUGCCCAUCAUCACGCUGCUAUUGUGUGGCUUCUUCUCGGCGCUCAUUGCUCUCCUCUUCGACAUCGAGAAGCUGGUGGAGUUUAUGAGCAUCGGUACCUUGAUGGCAUACACGAUCGUCAGUGCCUCUGUCAUUAUACUACGUUAUCAGCCGGCCUCAAGGUGCAACAUCAAGAGUCCCUCGCACACCCAGAUCGCCACACCAACGCCCGUGGGUCCACCCUCGCCCACCACACCAAUGGAGGAUACUAUGAAGUAUUCCUCAGAUACGUGCUCUCUUCUGGGUUCGUGCUCUUCCCUCGUCCUCGGUGAUCCACCCGGCGAAGGUGGAGAGCUGCGUUCGACGUUCCGGUGGCUCCUGCCAGUAUUAGGACAGCGGGAGGCGGGCUUGGUAGUGGCGUGGACUGUGGUGGUAUUCACGAUGAUCAGUGCCGCCCUCUGCUCCCUCCUUCAGUUUGGCAGUGACUUCCUGGCUCUGCCCUACCCUGCCGUGUGGGCUGUCAUCCUCACCGUUGUUCUCGUCAUCGCCCUUAUAUUCAGUGUCGUGGUAAUAACAGCUCAUCACCAAAACGAAUUGGUACUCUCGUUCAGAGUGCCGCUGGUGCCUCUGUUACCACUCACCUCUAUCUUCUUCAAUGUGGGCCUUAUGAUGCAUCUCAACCCCAUGACGUGGCUGCGCUUCAUCGUCUGGAUGGUUCUGGGAUUGCUCCUAUACUUUGCGUAUGGCCAGCACCACUCCCGGGAAGGAGAGCCUGUGAGCAGCUACUCCACAUUGCUGAGCGAACCCGCUCCAGCUGGCAACACUGUGUUCGGAUCAGUGCAACAUACGCUGUCUCACGUCACGGCAAAGAUCGCCUCUGCUGCUUCAGAAGACAAGAAACCCAUAGUGGAGCAGGAUGAAGCAGGCAACGACGAUCUGUGAGAAGUGCCGACUUGUCCCUCCAUGGCCGUCAGCUAGUGAUGAUGGACGCGCCAUGAAAGGUGAGGAGGUAGUUAAGUGUGGUUGAUGGUUAAAGUUCCGGUCUUCUUUUUCCAAGUGAUGGCUCGAGUGUCAGGAAUAUAGGGUGUGAAGUAUUAAGUAAGAAGAGAAUCAGACAUGAGAAUGCUGCAAGUGAUGGACAGCACUCACUACCCGUAGGUGCAAGUUGAAACCAGCAAAAGAAUCAGUUUUUGAUGAAAUAGGGCAGUGCGCUACUCAUCAGGCGCUCACAGAUGUGAUAGUCCUUUCUUUAAAAACGAGAAGGUACGCUCUUCGCCUCGGGAAAUACAAUUUACAGCGUGGCGUUGCGGUCAAGGGGCGUGAUAUGCUUCAGGAUUAAUGUAACGACGAAAAUGGAGGAAAGAAAAUGUAAGAACAAAAUAUGACCUAUCAAAACGUGUUUGUUACAUGUGGGCUACUCAAACACCAUAGGUGAGAUAACAAUGUUGAAGUUUUUAAACGUUUCUCUGGAAGAAUGAUUGUAUUUCCAGAGGCGUGCAAUAGCAAUGGAUGGACUCUCCAACUGUGAAGAAUAUUUCAAAACUUCGUUCUGUAACCACCCUCCCCUUGAUAGUGACGCACACUUUUCAAGCAGUAACGCGCAGGCGAGGCUAAAAGUCAUGUGUCAAUAGAAAUAUCUUGUUUUGUGGUAUGUUGCCACAGCAGUUCAUCAUAUGGAAAACAUUCACUGCAACUCUUGCAAUGACAUUCAUUGUUUGAAGCUGAUACUUUCAGCUGUACGUAGUAUUGUUUCCACAUUUUUUUUUUUUCUAAUACAAGUUCAAAAGCACACUUGGCAUAUAUGCAAAUCAAGGUACCGGUUAACAGAUAUAAGUGUGUAUUAUAUUCAAUAAAAUAUUAACAUUAUGAGUACAUAGGAGUAAAGUUCCUUUCUUGCAACAAAAAAAAUCAUGAAAUAAUCCCUAUCUUUGCUAACUCAUUCUAUAAUUUGCUGCUCUAUAGAGUUAAAUAUUAUAUCUUAAUGUGGAAAAUUGUCUUAUUAUUCAAAGGCUAGGUAUAAAAGAGGGGAGGACAUUGGUGCUACUGCCUAAAAUAAAUAUGGGCUUUCCAAAAUAUAUCAGUUUAACUUGAUGGAGUGAUGUUACAUUAGAAUAUGGAGAAGGAGGGCAUUUUGCUAACUUGACAGUAGGAAUAGGUGAGGUUCAUCUGUGAAAUUUUAUUCCUACAAAUACAUCAAGACUGCCAGCUGCAAACUAUUUGUAUCUCAGAUGUCACUAUUUUCAUCUGAAAAUGUACUGUAUUUUAUAUGAUUAAGUUCCUUAAAAAUAUCUGUUUCUGCACCUACUAUAAUAAGAGAUACCAGCAUUGUGGUGUUGGCUGGCAUUGUGGUGUCAUGACAUUGCUGGUAAAUGUGCUGUUGUCACUCUUUUUAAGAAUAACUAUUUUACAAAGGCUAUGCAUAAUUUCAAGGAAGAGACUACUUUGGACUUGACUGAUAUUGUGUCUUAUAUUCAAGCUCUCCUCAAAUAAGUAUGUGUAGCUAUGUACUAUGUUGAUUUCUGUUGCCUGGGAAGGUAUGUAAGUCCUAAUCAAAAUUCACACUCAAUGGUGUUGAUUAGUGUUUAUGUAUUGGGCAUGGGGUGGUGGCCUUGAGUCUUAAACACCAAGAAUUAUUAAAUUACUUGAACUUUGAAAGUUGUUUUGUGUUAUUGAACAAUUUGGUGUAGACAUUUUUCAAGUAAGUUUGGAUUAUGCAUUUUGAAUAAGUAUUGUAUAUUCUUAUAACACUGAGGUACAUAAAGAUGGUCAUUUUAUGAUAUUGAUUUUGGCUUAUGUGCAUGGGAUGCAUUUUUUGAGACAUGCAUUUCAGGAAAAGCCAAUUAUACUGUUAUUCACAUAUAACAGAUCAAGUACUGUUAGUGUGACUGGAAACAAGCUUUAUUUCUUGGAGAACAAAUUGGUUUUUGUGUGCAACUUAAUCCAUGUUUUUAAGGUAACAAAUUAUUUAAGAGAAAAGUAUGGGUUAAGGUUUUGAGGGUUGGUAGCUUCCUGAUGUAUAAUAUUUCUGACAUAACUUCUUGUGUAACCUAUAUGUUUCUUCAACAAUAUAUAAUCAUGUGUAUAUCCUGAUGGAAACAGAUAACAAACUGUGAAUCAGUGGAUGGCAGCAUAUAAGUGUUAGUACUUAAACAAUUAGAAGGUGAAGAAGCUGUGUAUGCCUGCACCAACAGGGGUUCCUUUCCAUAACCAUUCUCCCAUGGAUUAUAUUUUUUGAUGUCAGUUCUUAUGCCCCAUAAUUGCUGAUAGACCUUAGUACCACACUGAGAAUGGCUGGUUGUGUAAACCCAUCAAAGGAAUGUAGUAAGGAUCAUUUACAAAGAGCUUUACAAAUAAUCUGUAACACUUGGGUUAAAGAGCAGCUUGAAACAGUCCCUCACUGAGUCAGUCAAACUCAUUACACUUGUCAAAUGUAUCAAAUAAAUUCACAAAUUAUUCUGAUUUUGACUUAAACAAAAAAGAAGCAGUCAGGACUGAAAGGACAGUUGUCAUGACAUUAUCAUACUGUGAUCCCACUUGGAUUAUGUCCUUCAAAACUUUAUUUUCCCUCCACUCAAUUAAAAUAUAAGCACCACACAUAAUUGGUCAACUAACAGAUAGGUACAACAUAACUGUGACUGUAUCAGCCAGAACUCGUAAUUUUAUAAAAUAAUUUUCAUAAAAGACCCUCCUAUUUGUGAUUUAUCUAGUUUGGUGACAGGCAGCUCAUGGUUCACCUCAGGGUUAAGGAGAGAGGAUGAGCCAUCCCAGUAUGUAAAUAUCAGGCAUUGACAUCCAUCUACUUGUCCAUUCUUUUCAUUUAUGCCUUAAUAAUAGGUGAAAUCAUCAUCAUUCAUCAUCAUCAUAGCUGGGUUGGUUUUACAAAGUCAUAACUUAUUCUUCAGGAGAGGUUGGUCCAUAUAUAAUGAUCAUGCAGUGCAAACCUUUAUUUUGUGUACAGUCUUAUAGUGGUAAUUAAUCAUGAGCCCCUUUUGUUGGCUGAAGAAGUGAGGGUCUGAUAUUCAUUAAUGUAGUCACAUAAAAUAUUUUCUUGCUGAUGUAAGAUUGAAUGCAACUCUAAGGGUCUAGAUUUAUAAACCUGAUUUGCAGUGUAAGUCUUAAACAUAAUGGCAAAACUGUCAUAAAUUCAUUGUUGUAUAAGACAUUUUAUUCUCAUUUUAGGAACAAUUUCAGAUGGUAUGGAAGCAUCUGAGUAUAUUUCCAGGGAUGGAAUGGUGUCACAUAGAUCUUAAAUUUUGAAUAGUUCUGCCAAGAUCUACAAGACUACCAACAUAAAUGAGUUAAUUGCAUCAAGGGUCUUUAAAGAAAACUGAAUAUUGCUAGAACACUAUAUAUAUUUAGUAGUAAAGAAAAGGGCUGAGUGAUGCAUGUAAUCCCACACUGGCUCUGUAACUUGUCUGAAUUAGAAAGGUGCAAGGUUGCCUGUUGUGAGAUUGUUCAUACUCUUUUGUGGGACUUGCAGUUUGGUGGGAAAUUAAUGCACUCAAGUUGUUACCUCUAGGAGCCUUUAUAGACCAUCAUUCAGGGGUUUUGUAAGGAUGCAUACACACUGUAAAGAGGUUGAUGGACUACCAGACAGUUUUACUGUUUCAUGUUGCUAUAUAUUGUACAUAAGAGUUUAUUUAUAUGUGUAAUGAUCUUAUAGAGAUAAAUACUUAUUUGUAUAUAUUAACAGAAUUAUGUGCAGAAAGAAAAUAAAAUUAAUCUGUGUAACUUUUCCUUAUCUCUUAAAUUAUAGUACCUCAGAAAUAAUGUUUACUCACUUUUGAUUACUUCUGAAAGCUGUUCUGGACAGGUUCAAGAGACAGGAGUUGUGGGUACAGAAGUGAAAGAAGAAGAAAGAAAAGUGAGAUGAACCACCAACUUAUGGUUGAAAAAAAAAUUCUCUCUCUCUCUCUCUCUCUCUCUCUCUCUCUCUCUCUCUCUCUCUCUCUCUCUCUCUCUCUCUCUCUCUCUCUCUCUCUCUCUCUCUCUCUCUCUCUCUCUCUCUCUCUCUCUCUCUCUCUCUCUCUCUCUCUCUCUCUCUCUCUCUCUCUCUCUAUAUAUAUAUAUAUAUAUAUAUAUAUAUAUAUAUAUAUAUAUAUAUAUAUAUAUGAAUGUUUACUAAGAAAGAGUGGUGGAAAUAAUAUAAAUAGUGGAAUAGUAUAUCUAAUGUUGAUACUAAAUAUUUAUGGAUUUUGGAAUUUUUAUUUUAUAAUCUUAGAGGAUUAUCCAUAUAUAACUGUAUAUAUAUAAUAAAAUUCUUGUUAACAGUUGAAAAUACAAAGUAAUAAACAUGUAUUUGGACAUCUCCAGUGCUGCCAAAAAUAGCUUGAAUGAAUAGUAGUACUGUACAAGAAAACAAAGGUUUAAUGUGGGUGUAAAGUAUGUAUACUUGGUUCAGGCUUCAAAUCCUUGGAGUGAAGACAAUUUUGCCUUGUCUCUUUUCAUGAUUUAGCCUGAUGAUUUAGAUCUAAUCAUCUUGUACAGAAUAAGUAUGGGACAUAAGCUACUGAGCUGUGACUCACAACCCUGCCAGGAACCUUGCCAAUGCACUCUAAUAAAGCUCUGAAUCAUAUGGCUUAUGCCUCAAACUGAAUGGUGAUAAAAUAAAUAUGUGCUUGGUUUAGAGAUAACCAAUUUAAUUGAGAGAGAUAUAGCAUUGUUGCUCACUGAUGAUUAGGGGUGUAAAUUUGUAUUUCAUGUUGCACACUUGUUUAUUCAGUAUGACAUUAUUUAAGUUUUAAGGAGUGCACACACACACACACACACACACACACACACACACACACACACACACACACACACACACACACACACACACACACACACACACACACACACACACACACACACACAC